AUUUUCCAACGCACUAAACACUAGAUAUAAAUGUAGUGUACAUCGAAAUUUGACAUGUUUGACCUUAUUUUGUAAUAGUAAUAUAUUUUUAAAUAACACAGUGUACAAAUAAAAGCAAUUCAAUUAAAUAAAUGUUAACAAAAUGUCAAAAUAUUUACGUAUUUAGUGUAAACUUAAGUGUGGAAUUUAUUCCAUAUAUUUUUUAUUAUAAAUUCAAUUUAUUAGUGUCGUAGGUAAUAAAUAAGCGUGAAACUCCUUUUUAAUAUUAUAAUCUGUUACAUGUUACUUACUAUUAGAGGGAUUAUUUAAAAAUUAUAACAUCUUUAUUCAAUAUAUAUAUCCUUGUUACUGUUAUUAAAAUAUAAAAAUAUUUAUUCGUAAAAAUGUCAUUUGUAAAAUGUUGUUUCGAAUCUACCGAGGGACAUGAUUUUCUCGAUUCAUUUGUACAAAAGUGUACUGAUCCAGGAUGUUGCUGUGGAUGUUGCUCCGCGCUCCGGCCGCGUUACAAGCGACUCGUGGACAACAUCUUCCCAGCGUCGCCUCAAGAUGGCCUCGUCAAGUCCAAUAUGGAGAAACUCACCUUCUACUCCCUAUCAAGUCCGGAAAAACUGGACAGGAUCGGCGAGUACCUUUUCCAGAAGGCCUCCAGGGAUAUUUACCGGCGGAGACAUGGGUUCGUCAUAAUAGCAAUGGAGGCAAUGGACCAACUGCUGGUGGCAUGUCACUCGCAGACCCUUAACUUGUUCGUGGAGAGCUUCCUAAAAAUGGUGCAAAAGUUGCUGGAGUCUACUGACCCGCAACUGCAGAUUUUAGCUACACAGAGCUUUGUCCGAUUCGCAAAUAUCGAAGAGGACACUCCAUCUUACCACCGUCGGUACGAUUUCUUCGUGUCGAAGUUCUCAGCGAUGUGUCAUAGCAAUCACAGUGAUAAGGACACAAGAGAAAAGAUACGGUUGGCUGGGAUACAAGGGUUACAGGGUGUUAUACGAAAAACUGUGUCUGACGAUCUGGUGGAAAAUAUUUGGGAAGCCCAACAUAUGGACAAGAUAGUGCCAUCUCUGCUCUAUAACAUGCAGUCUGCAGAAAAAUACGAAACUGUCUCUUGUAUGGAGACGGACACCCGGGACGGGUUGGAGGAGGACCCGCCGCGCCUCGCGGAGGCGUGUCUGCGCGAGUUGGUGGGCCGGGCUUCCUUCGGGCACAUUAGGAGCGUGUUGAGACCUGUUCUCACACAUUUUGAUCGUCACGAACUAUGGGUUCCGAACGACUUUGCUGUCCACACGUUCAAGAUUAUAAUGUUUUCGAUUCAGGCGCAGUACUCGUACAGCGUGGUGGAGGCGCUGCUGCACCACCUGGACGCGGGCGCCGGCACGCGCGUGCGCGCCGCGCGCGCCGCCGUGCUCAGCAGCAUCGUGGCCUUCGCCGCGGGGGACAGCGUGGGACCGUCGGUUUUGGAGAUUAUCAACAAUCUCCUAACGAACUUAAGAGCAUCAGUCGCUAGGGAUUCUGAGAAAGAGUCCGACGAGAAAUUAUAUCAAGAUGCGCUGAUAAACGCGUUGGGAGAGUUUGCAGACCACUUGCCAGAUUUCCAGAAGAUAGAUAUUAUGAUGUUUAUCGUCAAAAAGAUACCCAACCAGCGUGGAAAAGCUACCAAGGCGGAUUGUCGCCUGCAAAGUAUCUUACUCAAGUCUUUGCUUAAGGUUGGCACGACGUACAAGACAACAGAGCUGAGCAAAGCCUUCCCUGCGGCUUUCCUCGAUGCGCUACUACAUUUGUCGGGGGCGGGUGAAGUCGGAACACGUGCAUUGUUGCAACGAAUCCUACACACACUACUUGACCGUCGUGGGAACGCACCAGCGCUAACCGUGCCAACAGUGGAAUACGCGGAGUUGGGUCUCAUUGUCGAGAAGUGCUCCCGACCUGAUCUGAUAUUUAUCAGCAAACAUGGUUAUGCAAUCUUUAGCUCGCUGUACGACGGUCUACAGUUGGAAUCCAACACGGCUGAAAACAUAAGCGCUAUAUACACGACUUUGGCACUUUUGUGCGUUGAGCUCGCUUCAGAGGAAACGGUGUGCGAUAUGUUGCAGUUGAUACUGUCCAUCCAGCAGUCGGCGCUGAGCAACCCGGUGCUGUCGCUGUGGCAGCAGUGCGCGCUGCACGCCGUGGCGCUGGCGCUCGCCGCGCUGCUGCCGCACGUGCUGCUGCUGCCGCGCCUCGCCGACUACGUGGCGCAGAUAAUAGAAGCGCGUCGUGAAGAAGCUCCUCACCUGUUACCUCCUCUAUUGGAGGAUUACGACUUGUCGCCAUCGAAGAUGCCCAACAAGCUGCCAUACCUGAUGAUUGAUCAGAUGGCGAUAGGUGAAUGUCUGAAGGCGAGCGGGGUGGAAGCGCGCUUACAGCCGGCCGCGCCCUACGCCGGAGCGGGGCUGGCGCACCGCCACAGCUGGGUGGAGGCCGGCGCAACGCAAGGCAGGGAUAGCUUAGCGGAUAUAUCAGCGGGACCUAACACUGAACUAGACAGCGCUAACAGCUCGCCUGGCGUACAGAGGCACAGCGGCGCGAGCGAGGGCGUGAGCCUGGAGGCGCUGCGGCGCGCGGCGGGCCCGCCCGGGGACGCGGAGCGGCGCGAGGCCGAGCGCCGCCGCGCCGCGCUCAACGACGCCUUCCGCACCGCGCCCUUCGGCCAGCUGCUGGCCAUCACGCAGCCCAAGUAUGAAAUAAAGGAGAAACUCGAAGAAAUCUUCAACUCACUGUCCGAAGAGCCACUACUAGGCGCCGGGGUCGGAGGCUCUCCUCCCGGAAAACCGACCGCAUGCACCAAAUAUUUUCCCGAACUAUUCCUCUACUAAUGGCAGAAAAUACAAUAUUGAAUAUUUACUUACCUGAUGUAUUACGUAAUCGCUUAGCAUAAUAUAUUGCUAACUAUAAUAUAAUCUUCCACGUUGUUGAUUUUUUUUAUUGAUAUUACAAUUUUUUUAAAAUUGUGAUAUGAAUAUGUGAAAGGUUAUGUAAAAUUAUGAUACCUAAUGUUUGUCAAAAUAAAGGAAUUAAUUAUCUUUAACUCUCGUAAAUAAAUAAAAAAUAUUUCGAAUCGAAUCGUAAAUCACUAUAUUGUGUUCCGAGUGUUGCAAUGUUAAAAAUUAAUGAAUAUUUUUUUUUUAAAUAUUUUGUUGUAAUUCUAGCAAUAGUAUAUGAUAUAGUGGAGAUUGACAAUGGAAUUGAUUUACUUUUUACUUGUAUUUUUUUUUGUGUAAUAAAAAUAAUCCCAUCUGUAUUAAACGUCGGCGCGGUGAUGUUAUGAUGUCUGUUUUUGUAAGCGGUAUACGGGGCAAUAAUUUUAUUUUAAAGUUAGUGAGACGCGACUUUUGAAUGUUGUUUAUUGAAAUACAACAAUGAUGUCAUCAAAUAACUGACAGACUGUGCAAUAAAAAUGACAAA